GGAAGUACACACAUGCACAUACUUGCGGCGCGUUCGCGACGGCUCUCCUGACCAACUUCCAGGCGCAGUGGAGAAGUUGUCGGCAGGAGAGAAAGUCACACUUCGUAAACAUUCGAGAGGCGAACGCGACCAGGCAGCCACCAUGGACGACUUAGACGCGUUGCUGGCAGACCUGGAGUCGACUACAUCCCACAUCGCAAAGCGAACGGUGUUCUUGACAGACGAGACCCCCUACUCCAUCCCUACAGGAGGACACUCCUACCAGGAUGUGGCAGUCCCGCCCCCAGUCCCCCCUCCACCCUCGGCCGAGGCUCUGAAUGGUUCCCUGACAGAUCAGCCGGACUCCCAUCACUCCUCUCAGCAGUCAUUAGGUUCAGGGCAGAAGAGCUCUUGGUCCCGGGACAGUAGCAGCUCUCCGUUGUCUCACAUUGAGGAGGACCACGUCUACAGUUUUCCAAACAAACAGAAGUCGUCGGACUCGUCAACAGCAGCCAUAACCUCUGCCCUGGGCAGUAACCUCUCAGAGCUCGAUAGGCUGCUGCUUGAGCUCAACGCAGUGCAGCAGAGUUCCCCCUCGUUCCCUACGACAGAGGAGGCAGCUCCACCCCUACCCUCCUGCGGCAUCACCCACUACGAGAACGGCAGCGGGCCGGACAUCAUGGUGAGCCCUCCACCUCAGGAGAAACCCAAGAGGAACGGGACGAGGGUGGAUGAAACCCGACCCACCGUGGAGAGUCUGCUGGAUGAGCUGGAGGGCUCAGUGCCAUCGCCCAGCCCCACUGCCUGCCACGGCGAUUUCGACAGCCCCUCUCAGCAGCAAGCCCGAAUUUCAGCUUCUUGUGCCACGAGGGAGCUCGAUGAGCUGAUGGCAUCUUUGUCUGACUUCAAGCCCAGCUCCUUAGGCUCUCUGCUGGACCCAGCAGGGGCAUCUUCCAGCUCUCCUCUUCCUCCGGUCUCUUCCUCCGUCACCCCGGUGGCGUCUCCUUUUCUUCGUCUGUCCCACCCGUCCGCCUGUGCUUCUCCCCUCUUCUCUUUGCCCGAUGGUCUAGAGUUACACAUAGACGAGGACGGAGGAGACGGUGGCAUGUCCACGGCCCAUCCCAACCGCCUCCCUCCCCACAGUCCCAUAUCCUCGCUCUCUGCAGCCAGUGAUCUAGACAUGGACUCUGCCAUUGAUGUCUCUGCCACCAUGCUGUCAAACCACACCAAGUCUCUGCUCGUCCUCUCUCAGUCUGCGUCGUCUAACUCUUACCUGAUGAGAAAUAGCCCGAGUCCUUCCAACACCACCACCACCCCCUCACUCACUUCAGUUAACACUGUCCUGGACCACAAGUGCUCCAGUCCGUCCAUAGAACGGGUAUCACCCUCAAACGCUGUCGGUAAAUUCUCCUGUGCCUCUGAGACUAUGGGUAAGGGGUCUGCGUCUUUGCAUGACCUUGAUUUAAACUCCUUUUCUCCGUCCCCGUCGAAAAACCUCACACCUCCUCUCUCGGUGCCAAAGACUCCUUCGCCCCUCCCUGUUGCUCACUCUAUAUCUCCACCUUCUGUAUACACUUCUUCAAAAACAUCCUCGCCAUUUCCAGUCUCUCCGUUGAUGGUCCCCACCCCACUGGCCUUCACCAGCCCCAGCAGACAGCUGUCAGAGCCGGCACCCGCAGCACAGAGACCCAGCCACUUUGCUGCGCAGCCACCCCCCGUGGAGGAGCCGUCCCUGGACGAGGCACUCGACAAGCUGCUAGCUAUGAGUUUUGCGCAGAAUCAAUCGCACGUGGAGGAGGCCCAGCUGCAGAUGGAGGCCCGGUGUCUGGGCAGAGAGAUGCAGGAGGAACUCAUCCUGCCCAUGGACAGAAACAGCGUGCAGCCCGAUACGUUCACCAGUGCCACUAACACCAUCACAGACGGCUCCGUGGAUGGGGGCACCGAUGGAAUCGGAGAUCUGGACUGGGCUGACGAGGAGCUGUCCGUGUCCUUCCACGACGGACUGGACGGCACCAUGACGCCGUACACAGAGAGGCCCUACACAGAUGGCAGCAUGACCCCGUUGACAGAGGCCAGCUGGAUGGAUGAGUCCAUGACCCCGUCUUCGUGCCCCGGGACCCCCGACGUUGCCCUGGACCUGCCCAUGCCGCAGACUCCCAAUAUAGACCGUGUCUCCGCGUCCGGACAUAUCAAAUCAGUGAUCAGGCGCACCAAGGAGACCCCAAACAUACACCCCAUGUACCGAGAUGGCCACGUGCGCAGGAAGAUGGGCCCCGUCAUUGUUAACAAGAGCAGUUCUCAGGACCGCCUCAUAGAGGAGCUGCAGGGGAAGCUCGGGAUCGGCCGCGCGGAGCGCCGUCGCAAACAGUCCGAUGACUGGCUGACGGAGGGCGUCAUCGUCAUGUCCAAACCCCAGCGCUUCCGUCCGGACGGCAGUGAGGUCGACAAGAUCGUUAACCCCCCCGAGUCGCCUGUCCCUGUGAGGAAGGUGCUCCCACCUCCCUCUCCCCCGGCCCCCCGUCACCCCCUUAUUGUAGAAGAGCCUCGGCGACCACCUGCUGUGCAGCUUCCCCUCGUUCCUAUACCGCCCCCGCCGCCGCCCCCUCCUCCUCCUCCUCCACCACCACCCUCCUCUCCCCCUUCACAACAUCUGCACUUCCGCGAACCAGUUCCCGCUCCUCCUCGGCAGAUCGUAAAAGCUUCACAUCCACCACCGUCCCCAAUGCGGGAGCCUCCCGCCCCCAAGUCAGAGCCCCCACCUCCUGUUCUUAAAACCCCAACACGGCCUCCGCCAGUGGAGCCGGUCACACCAGUCGCACCCAAAGUGCUGGUGUCUGUUGGUUGCCAAACAGAGUAUGACCCAAUCUUCCCUCCAAUGCAGAUAAUGGCCCAAGGAAAGGGCGGCGUUCCCGGCGGGCCCCCGACGCAGGUCAACAAGCUGGACAACAUGCUCGGUAGCCUGCAGUCGGACCUCAACAAACUGGGUGUACAGACGGUGGCUAAAGGAGUGUGUGGUGCCUGCUGUAAGCCGAUUGUGGGACAGGUGGUGACUGCCAUGGGCCGCACGUGGCACCCCGAACACUUUGUGUGCACACACUGCCAAGAGGAGAUCGGCUCCAGGAACUUCUUCGAGCGUGACGGGCAGCCUUACUGCGAGCAGGAUUACCACAACCUCUUCUCCCCGCGCUGCUACUACUGCAACGGGCCCAUACUGGAUAAAGUUGUGACGGCGCUGGACAGGACGUGGCAUCCGGAGCACUUCUUCUGCGCUCAGUGUGGCUCCUUCUUCGGCCCAGAGGGUUUCCAUGAAAAGGAUGGGAAAGCCUACUGCAGGAAGGAUUACUUUGACAUGUUUGCACCGAAAUGUGGAGGCUGUGCCAGAGCCAUUCUGGAGAACUACAUCUCGGCACUGAGCAGCCUCUGGCAUCCUGAGUGUUUUGUGUGCAGGGAGUGCUUCACCCCAUUUGUGAACGGCAGCUUCUUCGAGCACGACGGCCAGCCCUACUGUGAAGUGCACUACCAUGAGCGCCGCGGAUCCCUCUGCUCCGGCUGUCAGAAGCCCAUCACCGGCCGCUGCAUCACUGCCAUGUCCAAGAAGUUCCACCCGGAGCACUUUGUCUGCGCCUUCUGCCUGAAGCAGCUGAACAAGGGCACCUUUAAAGAACAAAACGACAAACCCUACUGUCACGGCUGCUUCAUCAAGCUGUUCAGUUAGAGCCUCUAGCAGUAGCACACACGGGUCAGGACCUGGAGAAGUGUCUGAAGCAUCUUUCACACUGGUGGGGUGAGAAUGGAUUGUGUGUGUGUGUCUGUUUUCUGAUCAUAGCGUUGGAGGUGUGUAGGGUUUAAGCUUGUGCACCCCGUCUUUUUACAUGUCCUUCAGAAAUGUGGAAAACUGUCCCUUUGUUUUUUAGACAGACAGCGAUUUGUUUUUUUAACCGUCUGCAGAAUUUUGAGUUGGUCAGUAGGUGUCAGUGUGAGGCAGACGCGCUCAACAUUUAAAGGACGUUGACAUUUCGUGUUGGACAUUUUCCACAGACAACGAGCUGUCGUUCUUUAGGUUUUUUCCGUUGCUAACUCUCAAAUCUUUUUAUUAUUGUCUUUCUUUAUAGAAGGUGGUGAAAUCUUACUGAACACUGUAGAAAUCCAUGAAAUACUCUGCAUGUUUGACAUUGUUGCUCACUGGUUGAGUGGUCAUUUUAGAUACCAUAGAAAACAAAGAAAUAUAAAAAUCUGUUAACCACAGCAGGGAACAGGUGACAUGUUGUUUUAGAACUACAGUACUGGAGGAAUGGGCAUGAGUGGGCAUGAGUCAGCAUUCACCUUUUUUGGGGGGUAUGUAUGAAAGUGAUUGUCUUCAGACUUAUUCACUGAGCCUUAGAAAACACCAUUAUAUGUGGAUUUUAUGUGUUGAUACUAGAGUGUAACAAAUUUGAGUUUUUCCUAUAAAAUGAAUCAAAUGAGAAUCGAGUCAGUUCUACAGUUUGUAACAUCAGAAUCUCAAGAGCACGUGUGUUUUUUUUAGCCAAAGGCAGAACCAUGUAUGGAUGACGACUUUUGCAGUGAUCGACAGUGAAGAAAUUCAGUGUGUAGCCAUCUGCCAGCAGCUGCAGUGUUCACACUCUCUCCAUCACAUGAUCGAAUAAACCUCGUGUUUGUACCAAAUCAUUCCUUAUUUGUUUUCCACUGAAGAAAAGGGGAGAAAAUCUUUCUCGCAGUUGUCUCAUACAGCUGAGUGGAACCUCACAAAGAUGUUGGGAGAAUGUCGUGAACCUCUCACACCACCAUGACUCUGUUUUGAGUUCAUCAUGAUAAGUUUUUAAAUGUAAAUAUCCAAUGCAGCUGCUUAGUAAGCAAAGUACCGGGAUGCUUAGCGUGUGUUUGAUAACCACUCGUUUGAAAAGAGAGAAGACAUAGUCAAGAUACUUUUGGUGUCAUUACUGUAUUGAGAAGCUGGUGAAUGUUAAUUAAUAAGUAGCUCAGGAUGAAAGGAAAUAUUCAAACGUGCCUGUGAUACUCCAGCAGCUCUGCGACUGUGGAUUAACAACUGUGUAUUUCAGCGUCGCUGUAUCACAACUGGUAUCACUUUGUCUAAUGGCGCUGGCAAAGUCAGCGAAAUACCGACAACAGGGCAAUAGUCCACGGUUAUGUUUUCAUAUUACUAGUCUGAGUCCACUGAAAAUUGUCGCCUGGUGGUCUGUUAGAAUAACUUGUAGGGCUGAGAUGACUCCCACCCCUCAGCGUCUGAGUAGCAUCUACUGUAUGAGCACCGGGUCGGGGUCUGUACAUGGUGAACCACGACACGCAGCAGAUACGACAUCAUUCAGGGAAAUUUCUAGAGCCUUAAAUCUUCUCACUCUAUUUAACAGGUCAUGUAACGGCUGUCUAUUCAAAAUCAAUUUUAGUCCAGUGUUAUUUAACCAAAGCCGUACGGUCUUUGAAUUGUUUUUCGUCUGUUCGCUUUCUAUUCUUUUCACUUUGAAUGUCAAUAGUUAUGAAUACUAAGAUUCUCUCCUCUGGUCUGAUUACGCAAAAUAAAUUCUGUUUUGGUAUCAA